AUAGAUCCGAUAAGGAGCUACCUCGCUUCUCAUGAUAUGACCUCUACUCUUUUAUAUAUGAAGAUGAAAGCUCUAAUCAGUAAUACAUUGUCAACUUUACUGAAAUCGCAGAAUUUUUAUUGAAAAGAUUUCUUAAAUGGAUCUGGAAUCCUAAAAAGUUUUUCAUGAUGCAACAGCGAGAUAAACCCCCACCUUGUUUGAUAGAUAAUAACUUAGGAAUUCAUUCUUAUAUAAAAAUCAAGAAUGUAAAAUUUCAUUAUGUAGAAGCUGGAAAUAAAAAUGAAUCACUUAUAUUACUUUUACAUGGAUUUCCUGACUUUUGGUUAUCUUGGAGAAAACAAAUACCAUGUCUUGCUAAACAUUAUAGAGUAAUUGCAAUAGAUUUAAAAGGAUUUGGAGACAGUGAUAAACCAGCAGCUAAAAGUUGUUAUAAAAUUCAAGUCUUAAUUGAAGAAUUAAAACAAAUUAUUUUAACUUUUGGAGUAAAACAAUGUAGUAUAAUUGGUCAUGAUUUAGGAGGACUUUUAGGAUGGUAUAUAAUAGCCUUAUAUGGAGAUAUGAUUGAUAAAUUUGUUGCAGUUUCAUGUCCACAUCCUAAUUUUUAUUGGAAUAGAAGACUAGGAGAUUCUAUUUUUGAUUUGAAAUGGAUACAUUUUAGUAGAUUACCAUUUUUUCCUGAGAUUGAUGCUCUUAAAGAAGAUUUAUCAAUUAUAAAUGAUGCAUUUCAACAUCUUCAAUUAAAUAAUACAAAUACUGAGAAAGAUUAUGUAGAAGCAUACAAAUAUGCAUUUAGUAGAAAAGAGGAUUGGACUGGGGCUAUUAAUUAUUAUAGAAAUCUUCCUUUUAUAAAACUUAAUACAGAUUCUUGUGAUCAAAUUUCUACUCAAACUUUGCUUAUAAUUGGAAAUAUAGAUCCAAUUGUAACAAUAGAAAAUAUUGUACAAAGUUCUGAAUAUAUUGAAAAAUGUAAUGUAAAAGUAAUAUCAGGAGCACAACAUUUUCCACAUCAACAAAAGCCAGAUAUAGUAAAUGAAGCAAUUUUAAAAUUUUUUAUGGGAACAACAACUCAUAUAGAAAAAGCAUCAUCUAAGAAUAUUAUGUCUUCAUGGCUUGAACCUUUUAGUAAAACUGUCAAGUAUGGUAAUCAUAUGUUUGAUGCUGUUCAUAAAAAAACUAAUGAUGUAGUUAGUGUUUUACCAAGUAAAAUACUUUAUUUAGGUCAAACUACAAAUUAAAUUAUAUUUUUUUAUUUUCAUCAAAAUAUAAAACCCACCAAAAUUUCAAAUUCUUUUUCUU